AAUCGCCCUGCACGGAUCAGAAAAAAAUAUUCUCUGAGGUUGUCUCCCACUGGGGCAAACAAAAUAAUAGGGCGUGUCCAGUUGUUACUCGUCGUUUUACUAAACGAAAUUAACUUGUACGGCUGUCAUAAUGUCGGGCGGUAGAAAGCCCCGUUCGGUGGCCAACCCUCUGGAAUCCGUGAUCACCACACCCAGUGAACGAAUCUUGAGAGAAUGCCACAAUAUAUAUAUCAACAGCGAAAACGGCCUUGUCAAGAUAGCGAGCAGCCUGGAUCUCACGCUCCUUCCUCCACGAAAGAAAAUCACUGUGAUGAUAAUGGGGAACCACUCUGCUGGAAAGAGCUCCUUCAUUAAUUGGUAUGUGGAAGAACAUAUUCAGAAAACAGGUGUCGCCAUUGAAACACAAGGAUUUACAUUUAUUACAAGUGGUCGGAAAAGAGAAUCUCUGACGGGAAACGCCACGCUCCAUCUCUACCCACAUUUCCGACCACUCCUGGAGUUUAAAGGUGUUACAGACUACCUGUCGGCUGAGAUCUCCACCUCCAAGCAGAAGAAAUUCAGCCUGGUGACGUUCGUUGACACCCCGGGCCUGGUGGAUGGGGACAUGGUCUAUCCCUUUGAUGUCAACCAAGCUAUCACCUCCUUUGGCGAGCAGGCAGACCUGGUGUUUGUGUUCUUCGACCCCAUGGGCCAGGCGCUGUGCAAACGCACGCUCAACAUCGUGGAGAAGCUCAGCGAGAAGGUCGCGGACAAGUUGCGCUUCUACCUCAGCAAGGCGGACGAAGCCGGGAGAGAGACUGACAGACAGCGUGUCAUGAUGCAAAUAGUUCAGGAACUGUGUCGCCGACCAGGGCUGAACACAUGUGGCUUUGACAUGCCCACGAUAUACAUCCCCAACCCACAAAAGCCGAGCCGCUGUGUGAACCAGAUCGAUGGAGUGUGUCAGACCAUAGAGAAGACCAUUGACCAGGCCGUCCAGAAGACCCUGGACCAGCUGGAGAAGGACUGUGACCUCAUCUCCUCUACAAUUGACAGCAAACUGUCCCAGGACAGGGUGGACUUGAGUUUUAACAGAAGUGUUCGUCUUCACUCUUUCAUCUGUUGGGCACUAGGAGUCCUCCUGCCAUGUUUGUUUGUCCUGAGCUUCAUCGUGAACACAUUCUCACCAGAGGAGCUGGAGAGUGUCCUAGGAGAAAGGCUAGCCAAUGUCCUCAGGUUUUCUACGGGUGUAGUUGUCUUUCUGUGGGAGUGGAUUCCUGAGGAUGGACAGAUACUCUUUGUGAUAGUAUUUAUUGCACUCUGUUACAUUUUAUUUUUUCUUGGCAAAUAUUUUGCACGCCAAGGGAACAGGACUCUGACGAAGAAGGAGAAGAGGAUCCUCACAGACUACAGUGCUUACGUCCAAAAUGUUGUCAAAGCCAAGAAGGGGAAACUAUACGAAGAAUAUCUUGCGCAGUGUGCAACUGAAUAUGACUUCUGAUAGUGGGAGGACCCAUCGGAAAUCUACACCUUCACUUUCUUAUGAAUUGGUUGUUUUGCAGAAGAUUUCUGUGAGUAAUGUAAUAAUCAGCCACAUGGCUCACAGAAUGUCCAGCGUUGCCUUUUCAACGUUUGUGUUAAGCUUUCUGGUCAGUUUAAACAUUUACUGGACAGUUUUCCCUCCCUCCCAAUCCCUACACACGCCACUGUUUUUAAUCAGUAUAUGAAUGAUUCCAGAACCUGGAGAUUGUAAACUGAUUUGGUUUUCAUGGUUGGUAGACCAGCCGGGACUUUUCAUUUUCUGUGAAGGAAUACAUUACAUUACGUCAUUUUUAUGCAUUUACAUUACGUCAAUUCAUAAAAAAGGAAUUGAAAGAAAUAGUGCCUUUUUUGUGCCAUUUAUAAAACUGUGAUUGUAAGAAAUAAUGUCUCAAAAGCAUAUUUCUUAUGUAAUUUAUUUUUAGGUUAAGUGUGUAUGUAUUUACACCUUAAAGCAUGUAUUGAUCUGUUAACAUGUUUAAAGCCUAAAUCUUUUAAAUUAUUUCAUAAGCUCAAAAACAAACUGCCUAUUUGCCACUAUUGUAUGUCAUUAUGACACAAAGUUUUUCCUUAUUGUGUUUUUGGGGGUUUCUUACCUAGUGAUUUUGUAACUGGUGACAAACUGUAUACAAAGUAUAUCUGUAUACUUUGUGUAUAUUCUGGAUAAGUAAUCUGAAAUCUGCGUGAUGCUAAUUUAAUACUAAUGGGUGUUGUCGACAGUGAAAUUGUCAAGAGAAUGCAAACAGAGAUUAUCAUAAUCAUGGUGAUGAUGAAGUGAACCAAUGCAGCAAUAUUUGUAGCAAUUUACACCAAUUUGUAGCAAUAUACAGACACACAACUGAAUUGAUAAGCCAGUAUUUUUUUAUUACCAAUAUGAAAUAACAGCUAGUGCAUUCUCCUGCCUCCAAAGUGUCUCUUCAGGAGAGCUGUGCCCAAUAUAUAGAACUGUUAACACAGCACAGUCUUCCAGUAUACAAAACAGUCAUCCAAUAGUGCCACUGGGUGUGAGAAAUCAGCUUUUUAUCAACUGUGAAGUAACAAGCACUGUUGCAUUUUUAUCUCCUUAAUGUCUGAUGUUGUUCUAGAUGGUGUUAUCUGUUUUAGGAUACCAUUUGUUAUACACCUCAUUUUUAGAUCAGUGAAACUGGGAAUAAAACAGAUAAAAUGUAA